AUGGCGUCUCCCGAGCAGAUUCCCGGGCAGGAAUACGACUAUGAAGCCCUCCCCUCGAACUACGGCUUAGGCCGGAAUAUGCUGGCUGGCGCUUUUGCAGGAAUAGCAGAACACUCUGUUAUGUAUCCGGUCGACUUGCUGAAGACACGCAUGCAAAUCCUGCAUCCCUCGAACGGCGGGCUCUACACAGGCUUGACUAAUGCGGUUUCGACCAUCUACCGGAUUGAAGGCUGGAGGACGCUAUGGAAGGGCGUCUCGAGUGUUAUCGUUGGUGCUGGUCCGGCUCAUGCCGUUUACUUUGGUACAUACGAGGUUGUUAAGGAGAUGGCCGGUGGCAACGUGGACGAUGGGCACCACCCGGUAGCAGCUGCGCUGAGCGGUGCGUCCGCAACCAUUGCUAGCGACGCCUUGAUGAACCCCUUCGAUGUCAUCAAGCAACGCAUGCAGGUCCAUGGCUCGGUACACAAGAGUAUCCUUCAAUGCGCCCGCUCCGUCUACAAGGCGGAAGGUCUCCAGGCGUUCUACGUAUCCUAUCCCACUACGCUUUGCAUGACGGUGCCUUUCACCGCCACUCAGUUUGUCGCCUACGAGUCCAUCUCCAAGGUCAUGAACCCGUCGCAGGAUUACGACCCGUUCACGCACUGCAUGGCGGGAGGUCUGGCGGGUGCAUUCGCCGCCGGUAUCACCACCCCGCUUGACGUUGUGAAGACGCUGCUGCAGACCCGAGGGCUGGCCCAGAACGAGGAGAUUCGAUCGGCCAAGGGUCUGUUCAACGCUGCGGCCAUUAUCAAGCGGCAGUUUGGCUGGAAGGGAUUCCUGCGUGGCGCUCGCCCCCGCAUUAUCUCUACCAUGCCCAGCACUGCUAUUUGCUGGACCUCGUAUGAGAUGGCCAAGGCCUACUUCAAGGGCCAGGUGGACAGCUAG